GAUCCAUCAUGGCAUGGGUCUUUGCAAAAGGAUUCGUCACUGGGCUUCAUCAUCCAGAAAACUUUUAAGGACCGCGUGCCAACAUGCCAGGUAUCGUACCAGGGAAUAUGGGGAGGAAGGGGCUUAGGUAAACGUAAAACGGGACCACUACUCUUAAUGAGUGCAGGCUGGGGGUGAGACCCACCUUCUGCCAUGGCUGCUCUGGGGCCUCACCGGUGGUUCUCCUGCACGGAAAGCCAGUUCCCGUAUGGUCACGGUGGGGUGCAGCCAUGAGGCACACCCUAACCCCCAAGAUUCCAAGAACAGACAUGGCCACCCUAAGCGAUGUCUUCUCAUAGUCAGCCAGCCGGUCAUGACUCAUGACUUAGAACUAGAGAGGCAGAAGUUUGACAUCGGGGGACAUCUGGGAGACGGCCUAAGUCCAUUCACCCUGAGCCCCCGGGUGGGAGCCCAGCCCUGCUGCCCGAGGGCCCGUGUGACCUGGGAAGCCCCAUGCCCACUGUGCUGAAAAGCUGCACCUCAAGCUCUGUGGCGAAGAGCCAAUGAAACUGUGCUCACAGCACCUCUGUGAGGAACAGGGUCUCAAGGGUCCUCGCCAGCGAAUGAGGACAGUGUCCGGGGUACUCCAGACACGCGCACCGUGCUGCCAGUCUCCAUCCCACUGGUUCCUGGACUCACUGCUCCUCAGAUGUUCUGGGGUAAGGUCAUGCUCCCCACUGGGCAAGUAUGCCGAGGUCACCAUUUGCUUUCGAUACUUGUGCCCUGAGUCACUGCCCGGGCCUGAAAAGGGGAAACCCAGCCUUGCCGCCUGCAGCCACACAGCCCGGCUCCACUGGCUCUGGGGAGCCUCACUGCCCCUCAGGGCCUGCAGGAGCAGGGGGGCCAGCGGCUGCCGGCUGCUGAAGUCACAUGGUGGGCCCACUCUGCUCCCACAGAGCCCGCCUACUGGGACGUGUGGUAGUGGGUGGCGUUUUGCCCUCUCUGCCUGCCUGCGGCCCACAAGCCACCCACCCAGGCUCCUCACAUCAGCGGUCUUCACUGUGACCCACAGAUCUUGGCUCCUUCACACGGAAAGCUGGGCGGCGCCCCGGAGAGCCCACGCCCCCUUGCACAGAAACCAUGGAAUUUCCCCAGCACGUUGUCUUUGGCAACUCCAAUGCCACAGGAAGGUCAGGACUGGUGAGACACGGAGAGAAUGCAAGGGAGGAAGUGCUGGUCCUGCCUAUGCUGCCGGGGGGCCCCUCCCAGGAGGACAGGACAGCUCGUGUCUCCACAAACAGGACCCUGACACGAGCGGGAGCGUCUCCGCGGCAGGUUACUCUCAGAGGGUGUUUCCAUGGAUUCUGCUUGGUGCCCGCCUGCCUGAGGACAGCCCCACCCCUGCCUUUCUGCCUGGUGGUUUUCCAAGGAGUUUACUUGGGCAGACCUGGGGACAGGAGGCUCUGCAUCUAAAAGAAGGUUUAAGUGACACUUCUCCAGAUGAAGGGUUACUAGAGGACUUGGCUGUAGAAGACAAAGCUGUGGAGCAGCUGGCAGAAGGAUUGCUUUCUCACUACCUGCCAGACCUUCAGAGAUCAAAACAAGCUCUUCAGGAACUCACACAGAACCAAGUUGUAUUACUAGACACACUGGAACAAGAGAUUUCAAAAUUUAAAGAAUGCCAUUCUAUGUUGGAUAUUAAUGCUUUGUUCACUGAAGCUAAACACUAUCAUGCCAAGUUGGUGAAUAUAAGAAAAGAGAUGCUGAUGCUUCAUGAAAAGACAUCGAAGUUAAAAAAAAGAGCACUUAAACUGCAACAGAAGAGGCAAAAAGAAGAGUUGGAAAGGGAGCAGCAACGGGAGAAGGAAUUUGAAAGAGAAAAGCAGUUAACCGCCAAACCAGCAAAGAGGACCUGAGAAGCUGAGUGUGUCUGUGUUCUUCCUCCCCCUGCCCCCUGUUACUUGCAUGCAGGGCAGCCCAGGUGUGGGCUGGAGUGAGGGUAGUGCCUUACACCACCGGCCCGGCUCACAUUUGCAGUCCUUUUCCCGGGAGUGCUGUCUCCGGAUCUUCAUUUCUGCCAUCAAGGAGCUUUUUGCCCCAAGUAGAAGACAAAAUGUCACUCGCUUUGAGUCUUUGAAUGUAAUUUUUCAACUUCUGUUUUGCAUCAUUUUUAAAUUCCAUACUUUGGCUUUGCAUCAUUUAUCAAUGGGAAAAUGGAUUGAUUGCUUUAAUAGUCCAGACUCUAAGUGAUUAAAAACUAGUAUUUUUUAGCGUCUUGAGAAGUGUGGAUUGAAAAGAUUCCAUUUCUUUUAUGACUUGCCUUUCUGGCAAUAUAGUGCUGGUUUUUGGUAAUUGCUUUAUUGUUGCUUGGUUCAGAAGAAAUGCCAACCGGUUAAGCACAUGUGCCCGUGGAGAAGAGGUGGUGUAAGCCUUUGUGAAGAACACGAUGGAGAAAUGCAUAACGGGAAAUAAUAGCAUCUUAGACGUCGGACCGAUGGGCAAGAUUCCAGAUAGAUUCUGCUAACUGUAUGCUCUGUCUGCUUCCUAGCGUUGUUGCUCUUUAGUUUUUACGUAUUCUCUGCGUUCAGGGUCGAUUCUCUCUACUUCUAAAGUUUGGCAAGGGUGGUAGAGCUGUCACACACACAAAUAUGCUGAAAUAUUUCGAAUACUUAGUAAGAGUCAUCACACACUGAGAUACAGUUGCCAGAUUGAUAAGAUACGAGUCCAGCUUUCCAAAUGGAAGUUCUCAUCGCUAGCUCUGUCCAUCCACUGAUUUGCUGUGUGGCCUUACAUGUAGUUACUUUUUCUGUGCUUUAAAAAAAGUUCUUAAGGUAGAAUGAUAUCUUUACCCACUACCCAUGUUAUAGAUAAUGACAAGAAUGGUGGAAAAUUAGCAAAUAGCUUCUUCACAAGAGACAGCAUGAUACCUUUAGUAUUUGCUAGAUUUUCCCCCUCAGUAGUUUCAGUAGGAACUUAUGUGAGGAAAUAUUAGGAAGUUUCAUUUUCUAAAAUUGAGAGUAUGUUACUAAUUGUUUUAGUAUUAUUUAAUAUCCAACUGGUCUCCAAUCUAUAUUACAUAGAGACUGUACAGAACCUAUAAAGGUGUGUGCUUAGAAUGUGUAUCUUUUAUAGUCUCUGUUACAUUUUGGUAAGCUGGAAUCACUACCUCUGAUCUCAUAUCAGGCUAAUUAAUGAUGGAGAGGGCAUUAGAUUUAAGCUGAUUGCUAAAAACUGGUCUGUUUGAAGGUUUACACAGUUUUGGGGAAGCUGUUCCCUUCUUUGAUGAAUGAAUUAUGAUCUCACAAUUUACUUGACUUUGACCUUAUAUUAAGAAUAUAAAUACAUUUUAUUUUAAAAGGCUACAUUUGUCCUCAAACACUAGCUAAAACUGCCUAGGGCAGGAUUCAUUAGCGCUUGUGGGACAAUGUCACUUAAAUUGGUGAAUGAACUCCUCUGUAAAGGCUGUGCACUGUUUCUCAGAGUGUUUUAUGGGCCAGCUGCAUUAAAUGCUGGUUCCUGGACACCUCUCUCAAUCUGCUGGAGCAAAUCUGUUUGUUUGUUUUGUCUUUUUUUUUUUAAUUUCCCCACAUGAUUCUGAUGGACCUCAAAAGUUGAGACCCACUGGUCCAGUGGUCUAGGUCAGAGGUUCCCACACUAGACUGUAUGCCACUGUCACCUGGGAACUUAAAACAGACAUUCUGGAAGAUUCUUACUCGUUAGUUCUGAGGUGGGGUCCAUGCAAAUUUUGAAGAGCUCCCCACAUAAUUCUGAUGCGGGGGACCACUGGUCUAUAAUGUCUAGUGAUUUAUAUUUAUAAGAAAUGAAAUAGCUUAAAAGCUACCCAAUAACUCUUGGGAUUAAUCUUAUGAAAUAAAUUCUCAACUGCUUUUGAUAGGAAGUCAGAUUUAAGACUGAAGUAGAUAGCAGGCAGGAGAUAGAUAUAGAAUUCUGGUUAAUUAAUUGAACUUUUUGCAACCUGUGUUAAAAUAAAUCAUGUUUAUUGAAUGAGUGACAAGGCACAUAUACUUUUAGAAUUGUAUUUAAGGUUUGAAGUUUUUUUUUUUAAAUGUCAAGGACAUAUAUUAGCAACCACUAUUUUUAGGUCAGUUGUAAAUCAAAAGUACUGUUACGUUGGUAAUUACAAUCUAACACUUGAGCUGUAUUUCAGUAGCAUAGAAACAUAUCUUACUGACUAAACCUAAAUGGAAUCCUUCUAGUAGUCUUGCUGUAUUUUUGCACAGUAUAAUGAAUUGGUACUUGGGUUGGUUGUUUGGUUGAAAAAAAAAUUGCCUUUGUUUUGAACUAUAUCACGUGUGUACUGAACUAAAAUGUUAAGAGUUAAUUUUGUAUUUACUUUGCAGUAGGUAAUAUGUAAAGAUGCAGACAUUGAAUGUAAUAUGGAUUGUGUCUGCAGUGAGUUUUUGAGUGGGUACAGUUUAUAAAUAUGCCAGUUAUACACCCUUGUACAUUUGUCUGAUUUUGAACUUGUACAAUGAGGACUACUUUUUACACAUUUAAUUAAAGAAAAAAAAAAGUCUCUGAACUAUCCCAUGUCAUUUAUCCAGCACCGUUUUGUUCACAGCACUGUAUACCUCCCUUUAUGUUUCUUAUUUUAAACAUUUCGCUCCUUUGCUUUCCCCUCCUGUCAUCUUUCUGUUAAUGUUCUCUGUAGAUUGUAUCACAAAAUGAGUGGUCCACUCAUGGAAUCCUUUUCAGAAAGGUGAUAGAAAGUGUUGUGAAAAGAGUCUGGGUGAAACAACCCAACUUCAUAAAGUUAUUUACUAUCUGAGAAUAGAAAUAAUAACUACACAUUUUAGUAAUUUGGUAGGAAGUGCUUCAUAAGGAUCCCUGCAUGAAUCGCCUGUAAAUAAUGAAAAUUUCCAGCUAAUAGGAUAUUUUAGGUCAGGUUUAAAAAUUUUUUUUAACCUGGGGCCACCUGGGUGGCUCAGUAAGUCAAGCAUCUAACUCUUGAUUUUGGCUCAGGUCAUGAUCUCACGGUUCGUGGGUUUGAGCCCCACUCUGUACUGACAGCGUGGAACCUGUUUGGGAUUCUCUCUCUCUGUCUCUCUGUCUCUCUCUCUCUUUCUCUGUCCUGUCCCCCACUGCCUCUCAAAAAUAUAUAAAUAUUUAAAUUUAAAUUUGUUUAACCCGUGAGUCCGUGGACUUCUGUGGAUGGCCUUUGGAGGGGAUAUGAACUCUCAUAAAUCCCUUGUAGAAUUUUGUAUGUGUUUCCCAGGAUUGGGUCUGUAGAUUUCAUUAGAUUCUCUUAUGUACAUGUAACAUUUCCUUCAAAGCAAUGAUCCUUAAACAUUAAGCCUCCAAACUUCACUGUGAAUAUUAAAAAAAAGUUACUUAGUUUCUAGGUUUUCCUUUUGGAUGAAGAUAGUUCAGUUUUUUUGUUUGUUUGUUUUUUGUUUUUCAAACUCACUCAAAACCCAGAGAUCAAGAAUUGCAUGCACUACCAACUGAGACUGUCAGGCACCCCGAUAGUUCCUGUAUUAUGUACUUGUUCAAAGACUGUGUUUAUACGGAUUAAUCAGUUAUUUGAGAUUUGCUCUGUUGCACAUUCAUACUGUUUCAGCUCUGUUUUGCAUGUAUGUGGCCAGAUGCCACCUAGUCUUCAGGUUAGCAUUUGGGUGAGGGCAGGUUUAUUUCAAAGCCAUUGAGAGAGUGAAGAGAGUAGUCAAGGGAGACAGUUUUAACGGCUAGUUUAAAAAGCAUUUAAAGCAAAAAUUCCAAAAAACGCAAUGUGAAGGAAGGGCAGUCAAAGAGAGGGUAGGGAAAAUUUGGAGCAGUAGCUCGAUGUCGGGAACUGGAAAAAAAAAAAAAAAAAGGAAAGG